AUGAGUGAAAACCUGCUGGAAGUGACCCGGGUCCUUGUCAGGUUCAGUCAGGUUCAGUCAGGUUCAGUCAGGAUCAGUCAGGAUCAUUCAGGCUCAGUCAGGUUCAGUCAGGAUCAGUCAGGUUCAGUCAGGUUCAGUCAGGAUCAGUCAGGAUCAUUCAGGCUCAGUCAGGUUCAGUCAGGAUCAGUCAGGAUCAUUCAGGCUCAGUCAGGUUCAGUCAGGCUCAGUCAGGCUCAGUCAGGAUCAGUCAGGCUCAGUCAGGAUCAGUCAGGCUCAGUUAGGUUCAGUCAGGCUCAGUCAGGUUCAGUCAGGUUCAGUCAGGUUGACCUGCUGCAGUCAAACUUCAGCACUGCUCCCAGAUUCAGAGAUGAGUUCUUCAGAAGCUAUGAGAGCAAAGUGGGAGACAGAGACGACUCCAACCUUUACAUCAGCACCAAACUGAAGGCUGCAGCCGAGAUUGGAAUCGAUGCGAAACACCUCAGGCUGCCGAAUACGUCCACACAGGACGAGGUCCUGCAGAACAUCCUGUCUGUCAACGACAACCUGUCCGUCCACGGUCUGAUCGUCCAGCUUCCUCUGGACUCUGUGAACUCCAUGGACACUGAACGCAUCACCAACGCCGUCUCUCCAGAGAAAGACGUGGAUGGUCUGAGCUGUAUUAACGCAGGGAAGUUGUCUCGAGGUGACCUGAACGACUGUUUCAUCCCCUGUACACCCAACGGCUGCAUGGAGCUCAUCAGACAGACAGGCAUGUCUGUGGCGGGGAAACACGCGGUGGUGAUUGGUCGCAGUAAGAUUGUUGGAGCGCCGAUGCACGACCUGCUGCUGUGGAACCACGCCACCGUGACCACCUGUCACUCCAAGACCCCCGACCUACCCGAACAGGUGGGCCGGGCUGACAUCCUGGUGGUGGGGGCGGGGCGAGCGGAGAUGGUGAGAGGAGAGUGGGUGAAGGAGGGCGCCGUGGUCAUCGACUGUGGAAUCAACCACGUACCAGAUGAGACGAAGGCGAGCGGUAAACGGGUCGUCGGAGACGUCCACUACGACUCAGCCUAUCAGAGAGCAGGAUUCAUCACCCCUGUUCCAGGAGGGGUGGGGCCGAUGACGGUGGCCAUGCUCAUGGAGAACACGGUGCAGAGCGCUCAGCGGUUCCUCCUGAAGAACCACAGGAGGUGAAACUCUGAAGCAGGAUGAAGAGCAAACAGUCUUCGACCUUUAAACUCCACUGGCUAUUCGGAGGACGUCGUCAUGGAAACAGCAGCAGAGACAUCCCAUCUGUUUCCUGCUGACGUCAACAGGAAGUGAUCAAACACCUGAUCGAUGUAUCAUCGAGUUUUUUUUUAAUGUUUAUGAGCUCUGUGUUUGUAAACAACCUGAUGAUCAAUAAAGUUUCGGUUUCACCUGAACAAACGUCAAGAUUUGAUUUAUAUAUUUAUGUUUUUCUACUUGAUGAGACGAAGAAUCCAGAUGUUGACAACAACAAACCAACAGAUGUGUAAACAAUAAGAACAAUAAAUCAUGUGAUCUGUGUUUUAUAAAAAUGUUUCAAUGAAUAAUAAAGUUGGAGCUGAUGUUUGUCACACUGUGUCGUAUAAAUAAAGUUUAUUAUCAAAUCAAA